AUGUGUGGAUAUUCAGAUGGAGAGAAUUUGAUGCGUCUUCAACGUUGCCUUAAGGGAAACGCAUUGGAAGCGGUCCGGAGUUAUCUGAUGCUUCCGUCGUCAGUACCUUCGAUCAUCGAUACACUGAGAACAUUGUAUGGGCGUCCAGAUUUGAUCAUCAGUUCGUUGUUAGCUAAGAUACGAGCAACCCCAACACCUAAACCCGAGAAAUUGGACACGUUGAUAAGCUUUGGGCUGGCCUGCAAGAAUCUUUGCGGACAUCUUCGAGCAGCUGGGCUUAACGAUUACCUGUCGAACCCCAUGCUUUUACAGGAACUGGUGAACAAAUUGCCUGCGAACAUAAAAUUGAAUUGGUCCCUCUUCAAGCGACAACAACGAGUCGUAGAUCUCACUACGUUCGGUAGCUAUAUGGACGACAUAGUAACGGCGGUCAGUGACGUCACCUUCACUUACGAAGCCGAUGAGCAUCGCGUGAGCAGGCACGAGAAACCCAAACCCAAAGAAAAGUUGUACGUGAACGCACACGCUACAGACAUUUCGAAGCCGAAUAUCAGCAUAGUCAACCACAAAGGAGUUACACCGAAGCCGUGUCCAGUCUGCCAAAAGGAAGGGCAUAAGGCUAAGGACUGCUACACUUUCCGAAGUAUGACCUUGAACGACCGAUGGAAACUCGCCCAAGAGCAACAUUUAUGCCGCCGUUGUCUGGUAUCUCAUGGAAAAUUUCCGUGUAAAGCGUCCACUUGCGGUGAGAAUGGAUGUGAGGAACGUCACCAUAAACUUCUUCAUCCUGGAAAGCCACUGGUGUCACAGAUCGUUGAAGUUCCGAAGACAACUAGUAUGGUUACUGUGCAUCGCAAACUCCAACCAACUAUCCUUUUCCGAAUACUGCCUGUAACACUGCAUGGGAAUGGCAAAGUCAUUGAUACAUAUGCGUUCCUAGAUGACGGUUCAUCCACCACACUGGUGGAAUCCCACAUCGCAAAGGAAUUGGGAGUGAGAGGCGACGUAAAUCCACUCUGUCUUCAGUGGACAAAUGACAUCGAGCGUACAGAAAACGAGUCACAACUGAUUAAUCUGGAAAUCUCUGGUGAUGGUCAUACGAAACGGCAUCCAUUAAGAAGGAUCCACACAGUUGAAAAAAUGAAUCUACCAGUUCAGUCACUGAAUUAUUCGGAAAUCAGUCAACAAUUUUCUCAUCUUCGUGGGUUACCAGUCCGUAACUAUAAAAGUGCAGUUCCUACCAUUUUAAUCGGUUUAGACAACUCAUAUUUAAAAACAUCUCUGAAAUGUCGUGAAGGUUCCAGAAAUGAACCGAUUGCUUCCAAAACUCGGUUAGGUUGGACGGUUUAUGGAGCCAUCAACGCUGGUCCUGAUUCUAAGGUCCAGUUACAGUUUCACAUCUGUGCUCGUUCGCCCGAUCAGGAGCUCCAUGAUCUCGUGAAGGACUUUUUCGCUUUGGAAAGCGUUGGUUCAAUUUCACCGAUCGUAGAAAGCGACGAUGACAUUCGUGCAAUACUUGAGCGCACUACGGUUCGAACACCUACGGGGAGAUUUCAGACGGGCUUGCUGUGGAAACACGACUAUAUUCAGUUUCCAAACAGCAGACCAAUGGCGGAAAGAAGACUCCAGUGCCUUGAACGUCGCUUGGCGUCCAAACCAGAGCUUUACGACAAAUUGCGAGGGCAGAUGAAGGAGUAUCAAUCCAAAGAAUAUGCCUACAAACUCAGCCAGGUGGAACUAGCCGCAUUAGACGCGAAUAGGACUUGGUUCUUACCGUUGAACGUCGUAAUCAAUCCAAGAAAGCCAAACAAAUUACGUUUAGUGUGGGAUGCUGCAGCCAAGGUCCAGGGUCAGUCAUUGAACUCCAAUCUACUAGCUGGUCCUGAUCUCCUUACUCCGCUUCCCGCUGUACUUUGUCCAUUCCGACAAUUCCAAGUCGCCAUCACAGCGGAUAUUUCGGAAAUGUUCCACCAAAUAUUGAUACAACCGGAAAAUCGAUCGGCGCAGCUGUUUCUUUGGAGAGAUCAUCCGUCGAAACAAUUUGAGGUUUUCGCAAUGAAAGUGGCGACGUUUGGAUCUACGUGCUCCCCAUCCGCAGCACAAUUCAUAAAAAAUCGAAACGCUCAAGAAUUUUCUAAGCAGUUUCCACAAGCGGCUGAAGCGAUCUUAAAACAUUACUAUGUGGAUGAUUUUUUGUACAGUGUAGACACGAUGAAGGAGGCGGUACAAAUUGCGCAACAAGUGAAGGAAAUCCACUCAAAAGCUGGCUUCCAUAUCCGUAACUGGCUCUCGAACUCCAGCGACUUUCUAACACGGGUCGGGGAAAGGAACGUGGAAACGUCGAAGUACUUCGCAGCGACCAAGUCAACUACUAGUGAACGAGUUCUCGGCAUGAUUUGGAAACCAGAUCCAGAUAUUUUCGUGUUCCAAGGGUUGUUUCGCGAAGAAAUGCUACCGCUGAUCCAGGGUAAUUACAUUCCAACCAAGAGACAGACCCUUCGGAUCGUGAUGAGCAUAUUUGAUCCCUUAGGAUUGGUAGCUGUUUUUGUGGUCCACGGAAAAAUGCUCAUUCAGAACAUCUGGCGUUCGAAAAUCGGAUGGGACGAGCGUAUACCCGAUGAGCUAGUUAGUCAAUGGGAGCGCUGGUUGACCCUGUUGCAGCAACUUGAGCAAAUACAAAUACCCCGAAGUUACUUUCCUGGCAGUUCAAGUGAGAUCUAUCGUUCAUUUGAGCUGCAUAUUUUCGUGGAUGCCAGUGAGGAGGCCUUUGCCGCUGUCGCUUAUUUCCGAAUCAUCGAACAACAAACAGUUCGCUGCGUUCUUGUUUCAGCGAAGACAAAGGUUGCUCCACUAAAGCCCAUAUCGAUUCCUAGAUUGGAAUUAAUGGCGGCCGUUCUUGGGGUGAAACUUGCCAAAUCGGUCGGAGAAUACCACACCCUAGCUAUUACACGCAGAGUAUUUUGGAGCGACUCCAGCACCGCACUUUCGUGGAUACGUUCAGACCAGAGAAAAUAUCGACAGUUUGUUGCAUUCCGGGUGACUGAGAUUCUUGAGAAUUCUCAGGUAGACGAGUGGCGAUGGAUUCCUUCUCGUUGGAACGUAGCGGACGAAGCAACGAAGUGGGGCAAGGGACCUUCUAUCAACAACAGUAGUCGCUGGUUCCAAGCACCAGCUUAUCUCUAUCAGCAUCCUGAUCUAUGGCCUCAUCAAGAUCUACGUGUUACAGAGACACCAGAAGAGCUUCGCCCAUCCACAUUCACCAUCAAAUUAGUCAAAAAGCAAACUGCAGGAACGACGAAUUGGUUGAAUCAGGACGAGUUACGAAAGGCAGAGUCAGAGAUUUUUAAGCAAAUCCAGCAAGAGGCUUACGGAGAUGAAAUCAUCACACUCAUUAGAAAUAAGCAGCUACCGAUGGAACAGCAACUAGGUUUGGAGAAAACGAGCAAGCUUCGCAAGUUAUCACCUUUUCUGGAUAAGCACAGUGUCAUUCGUAUGGACAGUAGAGCUUCGAUUUCCGAGUACUUGUCAACAGACUUCAAGUUUCCUGUAAUCCUUCCGAAAGGCCACUAUGGAACUCAGUUGCUGAUAAAUUGGUACCAUCGUCAACUCAAACAUCGGAACGCAGAGACAGCAGUGAACGAGAUGCGUCAGAGAUUCCACGUAUCAGAAAUGAGAGCGGCGUUUCGACAGGUCAGAUAA